CUAUAUAAAUACUGCUAUCAUGGCAAACGAAAGACUAGAUAUUAUAAUAUUUGGUGCUACUGGAUUCACUGGGAAACAUGCUGUACAAAUAGCUGCACAAUUAGCCAAGGAAAAACAAAUUAAGUUUGGAAUUUCUGGACGACGUAAACAAGCUUUAGAAGGGGUUCUUAAAGAAUUUGCUCCUGAUAUUGAGAAUGUACCUAUAAUAGUUGCUGAUUUGAAAGAUGAAGAAUCAUUGAAGAAAAUGACAGAACAAGCCAAGAUUUUAGUUAAUUGUUGCGGCCCAUAUAGAUUUUAUGGGGAACCAGUUAUUAAAGCAUGCAUUGCUACUCAUACUCAUCAAAUUGAUGUUAGUGCUGAACCUCAGUUCAUAGAAGGUAUACAGUUGAAAUAUGAUAAAGAAGUCAGAGAAGCUGGUAUUUACAUUGUAAGUGCUUGUGGGUUUGACUGUAUUCCGUGCGAUCUUGGUGUAAUUUUUACUCAAGAAAAAUUUGGAGGCGAAGUCAAUACUGUUGAAGUAUAUAUGAGUACAUGGACAGCCACGAAGGUUGAUUCUGCUGUCAUACAUUACGGUACUUAUGAAUCUGCUGUUUAUGGUGUUGCCAAUUAUAACGAGUUACGCGGGUUGCGCAAAAAGUUAUAUCCUGAAAAAUUACCCUCAUUUCAGCCGCAAUUGGAGAAAAGAUACUUGAUCCAUAAGUCCGAAGUAGGCUGGGCUACAAUAUUUCCAUCAUCUGAUCGGCCUUUGGUACACCGCACUCAAAGAUAUCUCUACGAAAAAUAUAAUCAAAGACCAGUAAAAAUUCAGGCAUAUGUUACACACAAAUCUUUGUUCACUGCGUUGGUAACUGUUAUAUUUGCUAUCAUCUUUGCUUUACUUUCUCAAUUUGAAUUUGGCCGUAGUAUAUUGUUGAAGUAUCCUACAUUUUUCACUUGUGGAUAUGUAAGUCACGAAGGUCCAUCAAGAAAAGUACAGGAAAAUACCCACUUUAAAUUUACAUUUAUAGCAAAAGGUUGGACCGAAAAAUUGGCCGAACCUACUGAUAAACAUAAGGAUCCACCAAAUAAGUUGUUGACCACUCAAAUUAGUGGCGUUGACCCGGCAUAUGGUGCCACAUGUACUAUGUUAUUGCUUGCCGCGAUGAUGAUUCUCAAAGAAUCUGAUAAAAUACCAGAAAACGCCGGCGUUUUAACUCCUGGU